CUGUGCGUUGCGUAGCAGUACAGCAGGCUACUAGGUUAGCAUAGCAACAACAUCCGGGCGCUCUGCUCUGCUCGGGGUUUUACAUACAAGCCUCUGCGAAGAUGGCGACUUCAGGGAGGAGUGCUUUAUUAUCCUCCACCUCGACUGGACCUAAGAGCAGCCUGGAGAACUCCAACCAGGAGGAGGAAGACGGACAGGACUUGUGGUCCACCAUCCUGAGUGAAGUGUCGACCCAUUCAAGAUCUAAGCUACCGUCUGGGAAAAAUGUCCUGGUCAUGGGUGAGGUGGGUUCGGGGAAGACAGCCUUGGUUGCGAAGCUGCAGGGGGUUGAAGAGUUCAUGAAAGGGCGGGGCCUGGAAUACCUCUACUUCAGUGUCCAUGACGACGACAUUGAUGACCAAACUAGGUGUAACGCCUGGGUGUUAGACGGAGACCUUUACCACAAAGGUCUGCAGGGAGUAGCUGUGCCAGUGGACUCCAUCGGCAACACGUUGCUUCUGAUAACGGUUGACAUGUCGCGGCCGUGGAACGCCCUGGACUCCCUCCAGAAGUGGGCGGCCGUCGCUAGGGAACACAUUGACAAACUCCGGGUCGCCCCGGAAACGCUGCGGGAGCUGGAGCACAGACUUGUAAAACAGUUCCAGGAGUACACAGAGCCAGGCAGUGGGGAGGAUGGCACCCCGCAGAGGAGGAGCGAAGACGAGGAGAGUGUGCUGCUGCCGUUAGGAGACAACGCACUCACACACAACCUGGGAAUACCAAUGGUGGUGGUCUGCACUAAGUGUGAUGCCAUCAGCACAUUGGAGAAGGAGCACGACUACAGAGACGAACACCUGGACCUCAUCCAGUCUCACAUCAGACGUUUCUGUCUGCAGUACGGUGCGUCUCUGGUUUACACAUCAGUGAAGGAGAUGAAAAACCUGGACAUCCUGUACAAAUAUCUGGUCCACAGACUCUACGGCUUUCCCUUCCAUUGCCCGGCACAAGUGGUGGAAAGAGACGCCGUCUUCAUUCCAUCAGGAUGGGACAAUGAGAAGAAGAUUGCCAUACUCCACGAGAACUUCCAGACAGUAAAAGCAGACGACAUCUUUGAGGAAGUAAUAGUCAAACCGCCAGUCAGAAAGAUUGUACACGAAAAGGAGAUUCAAGCAGAAGAUGACCAAGUGUUUCUGGUAAAACUGCAGUCGCUGCUCGCCAAACAGCCCGCUGUGACAGCAGGGCGGCCAGUGGACACCACCAGUAGAGCACCCACCGGCUCCCCCAGGACGAGUAACCGCUCCGCAGCGGCCAACGUAGCAAACGCAAUGCCACAGUCGGGUCAGACCAAUGAGGGUGUGUUGGCCAACUUCUUCAACAGUCUACUGACAAAGAAAGCAGGGACAGGGGGGCCCGGGACGCCAGGUGGCGGUAACAAUACUCCGGGAACAGUACGCAAGUCAGGUUCGAAGCUGGGUCUGAGCGACGUACAGGCGGAGCUGGACCGCAUAUCCAGCCGGGAGGCUGACUCGGACUUGCCCAAUGCCAACGACACUCCUGCCACCGACGGCCAGGACACAUGAAGACCAACACACGUCACCCUGCUCUCCUUCCCCCUUUCCACCUCAGUCACCCUCCACCUCCCUUGUCCUCCUUUCCUCUGCUCCAUCACAAAGAUGCGGGGAGAAAGAGGGAUGUAGACACACAGUUUUCCCUCCCCAUCGUCUUUCACUUUCUCCUCAAGGAGAAGAACGCACCCUCUCUUCCCUUAACCCCUUCUCCUGCACCUUUUUCUCCCUCCCCUCCCCCCCCCUCUCUCUUUUCUCCUCCUGGCUGUUGCGCUGCGGGCGAGUAUCUGUCACUGUUACAUACAAGACUGUCUGUUACAUGAGAGUAAAUGGGUACGGGGGACCAACGCGGGGUGUGGAGGUCGAGAUGAGAAGAAGUGAUAGAGGUGGGUUGAAUGAGAUUGAUUACAGGAAUGAAAGCGAGGGUGUUUUAUCCAUCCAUUUCUUGUGAUGGUACAGUUGGUGUUUUUACUGUAGGAACUGCUGAAGGGUGCAUGUUGAAGAAACGGCACUUAGGCUACUAUAGGGAUGAUUGUGUGUUUAAAGUAUGUGGGGCAAGUCACGCUUGGCCAGAGGAAGAGAUUGAGAACAAAAAAAAAAAUGCCUGAAACAAAAUUGCAAACGGUCUUGUUUUUUUUUUUUUUAAGAUGAAGGGACAAACAUACCAGUAUUUGUGUGUGUGCGUGUGCGUGCGUGUGUGUGUGUGGGAGAGAGAGAGAGAGUGAGAGGCAGAUUGAGAGAAUUAAGGACGUUACUUUCAACCUAGAUCUGUAUGUCGAAGGAUUUUUGGCUGUUUGCAUUUCAACCAAAAGGCAAAAACAUUACUAUGCUUUUACACUACAAGCUCUUAAAACAGUGCAUACACUAUUGUUACAGCAGCACUGUCUGCUAGACUACACAAACCAAACAAAAAAGAUAGACUUCAGAAACAAACUCAAGCAUUAGUCCAGUGUAGAGGGCCACCUAAGGUCCAUCAUGGCACCCAGUUCAAUUGGCCAAACUUCCCCUCACGGUAGAUACUGCUCAGACCUGUAGAUAACAGACAGUGCACUGAAAAGGGAGGGGGUAGAGGGUUGUAGAGGGUAGGUGGGUGGGUGGGUGGGUAGCUGAGCUUUACUUGUACAGAAAAAAGCACUAGUGAUUCAGUUCCAUAGUUACCGCGGGCGGGGUGGUGGGUGGGAAAGGGAGGGUCAGAACAAGGGAGGGUCACACCACGAAUGUACAGUCAUUGUCUCGCUGAUUGGUCCUGUUAUUUCAGAGCUCUGUGUUGGCGUUUGUAUAAUCAGAUCUGUUAAUCAGUCAAAUAAAAGGUGUAUUUAUUCGGAUUCAUCCA